CCCUAAAUAAUUGCUAUUUUUAUGAUAAUUUGAUGUAUGUGCUUACAGCGAGCUAAUCAGGGAGUCGAACCUGAUCUGGUCGAAAUGUAUGGCAACAGACACAAGCAUGCAGAUGGGUCUUGGGAACACCCGACAGCUCAAGCUAAUUAUGAGAAGCUAAAGAAGAAGAAGGAUGAUGCUGAACAAGACCCCAUCCCGACACCACAGCCAGAUCUUUUUCCAGCUACAUUUGGAAACCGUUCGGGCCACCGCCGUGGCCUAGGGAGGAUCGUUCGGGGUGUGGGAGACACAGAGUAUGACUAUACUCAUUUGACCCAGCCACAGGGUACAUCUCAGAUCCCUGAUCUCAACUCCACUCCUCCGCAAGAGCCUUGGUUUGAUCCCGAUACUAUAUUUAAUUGGUCCGGUCCUGCACAGGCUCAUGGCUCGCAAUAUGGUUCCACCUCUUCGUAUGGCUCGCAUUUUGCUGUACCCUUUCCGUUCUCUGUUGCAUCUAUAAAUUUGGGUAGUGAUUAUAUAGAUUUGGGUAAUGAUGAUGAUGACGACAAUGAUAAUUAGCCAUUUCAUAUUA